UCAUGCUAAUAAAUAUUUAUUUGACAAGUUUUUUCUCCUUUAUCUAUUUCUUUAGAACGAUUUUAUCUCAUGACGAAAACUGUGCAAGUUUUCAGCAAUGCAUCUUCGUAGCAAUGGGAGAUGAAUUCUACGGAUUAUUUAUUGAAAACGUCGACAGUAAAGAUUUUACUCUGAGACGUUUUGUUGGUGUUUGCGACUUAGAUACUUUGAAAAAAUGGAACCCUUGUCCUUUCGGUAUUAACAAGACUUGCAGUCCAGGAUCCAAUCAAACUUAUUACAAUUUUUGCAACAUUAAUAGCACAGCCUUACAACCUCGAUGUAACUGCAAAUGUACUUUGAAAAGCCACGAAUUGGAGCCAAUCCCCAACUUUCCGACAUGUUUGUUGGGUGAUCGUUACGGCCGAAGCAAACGUUCUCUUGUAUUUCGCCGCAUUGCAAGAAGAACCGCCCCGGUGAUAAAUAACUGCAUUCAGUGCAUGACAAAACAUCCGGAUGUUAGAAUGGUGAGAGUUGGUCCACUGCUGUGGAGACGAGUUAAACGGGGCGAAAUAACGCCAUCAUCGAUUUUGGACCAUUUUAGAACUAUAAAAUACAAGAAAUUAUUUGACUGUCACCAUUCAAUACUCGGACCCUGUGCAUUCAACCGAAAAUAUCGAAGUCCCGUGCCAGUCAGUGCUAAAAAUAGACAGUUUUAUAGACACAAACUACCCAACAGCGAGUUGGCUUUAGAGGAGUCUUCAAAUAAUGCACUGUUUAGAAUUUUUAGACAAAUUUCGAAAAAUAAGCUAGUCAGAAAGCGUAAAAGUGCUUCCCAAGGACAUGAUGAUGAGGAAAUUGAAGACGACGACGAUGAAAAUGAUGACGAUAACAUAGGUGAGGACAUUGCAAUAGAAGAGGAUAACGAUGAGGAAAAUAUAGUAUCGACAACUGAAAUUCCUGAAAAAGACGAAAUAAAGCAGCAACUACAUGAAAAUAAAAAUUACAAUUUUACUAACAGUGAGGAGGAUAUCAAGAUAUCUAAAAAUACUUCUGAUUCAAGUGGAACUACUAUAAAAUCAACACAAAUCGUAUUAGUGUUCACAUGCGGUGUGAAUAUUGUAAAUUUGUUUUAAA